AUGCCUAAUGAUAUCAUCCUUAACAUUCUUCUAAGACUUCCUAUCAAAUCGCUUUUACGAUUCAAAUGCGUUUGCAAAUCAUGGCGCUCUUUAAUUGAAGAUCCUCAAUUCAUUAAGCAUCACUAUGAUAUGUCUAAAAGUGAUGUGAAUCGUCAUAAAAUAUUUCUAACAGGAGGUAUAUGUGACAACAUGGACAACUAUUUCUACUCUGUAGAUGCUCCACUUCAAUAUGAUUCUGUUGUCUCUGUUCUCGAGACUCCGAUACCUGGAAUCAAUACCUUAAGUAGAGUAAGUUUUAUUAGUUCUUCCAGUAAUGGUAUAAUUCUUAUAGUUUUUCCUUAUGAUUUAAUCAUUUUGUCGAACCCAGCCACCGGAGAAUCAAGAAAAAUUCCUAGCCCAAUUCCUAAAAAGAAAAAGUUAGAGAGAAGACAAUUUCCUGCUAUUUAUGGUUUUGGAUAUGUUUCAUCUAUCGAUGAUUAUAAAAUAGUUAGGGUAGGGGGAAAAGAUAACUCACAUGGACAUUUUGAGAUCGAAUUGUUUUCGACGAAAAGUAACGCUUGGAAAUUGCUUGGCAAGUUUCCUCCAAACAGCUUUUACUUCGAAGGGGGCAUUGUUACCAUCGAUGGUAUCGUUUAUAUGAUAGAGAUGGCGGAUUUAUCUAGAAAUAUUAAUAGAUCUACUAUAUUAAGUUUUUGCUUGGAAAACGAACAAUUUCAGGAUGUUUUGUUUCCAGAUCAAAUUCAAAAGUUCCAAGAUCCUAUUUUGUAUGUUUUAGGAGAAAAUAUUUGUUUGACUAGGAUGCACGAUCUAGCUAGACGAGAUUUUGAAGUUUGGCAUAUGAUAAAAGAUGGAUCAAUGAACAACAUAUGGAGUAAGAUCUUGACGAUUCCAUCGAUGCAUUGUGGACGUUGCUUGAGGCCCGUGAGUUUAAUGAAAAUUAAUGGAUACAUAAUGCUUCUGAAGCAUAAGGGUGAUUUCGAGGUCUAUAACUCAAAUGGAGAGCAAAUCGAAAUAGUUGAAGUUCCUGGGCUUGAGUCAUCACUUUUCUUCAAUUGUAUUGUACCGUAUGUAGAAAGUUUGUUUACUCCUAAACGGAAACGGAUUUAA